AUGAGCCUUGACUCGGUAGGCAGGAAGCGUAAGGCCCACCCGGGAGUGGGCGAGGUUUGCAACUACAUAGCCGCAGUAAACGAUCAGCACGCGCGGAAGAAGAUCAAGAGAGACGACGAUGGAGGCUCACCGCACAUGGCCACCAUCUCAACAGGCACGAGACGUACUCGCGAAUUACCCCUGACCAACAUCCGAGCAUUUUGCGAGCCUCACAACCGCCAUCUGGAAACCAGUGAGAUUGAUAGGCUGCGCGGCCUACAAAACGCAAUAGACAAAGCCAUGGUCGGUACCGGCGAACCUUUGAAUAUUACGACCAACGUACCCAAAUCCAUCUAUCUCAGCGCGCAACAAAGGAGAACACUCAGGAUAGCGCAGAAAGUGAUGGACAGAGCGAAUUUCAAGAUGAGAAAGAUGAAACAUGGAGAGCGGGCAAUUGCUAUCAAGAACCCUGCUUCAUCUCCUCAGCGUAUCGACGCUCGUCCCUCACGGAAUGAUGCUGGCUGGAGUGUACUCACACUGCCGGUCUUGCACGCUGCGGACACUCUGGAGACGGCGCUUUUCGCAAAAGCUAUGUUAAGAGAGGUCAACAGGGUACUUGCAGAGAAAGAGGGUUUGAAGGUCAGGAUUUCGCUUGCGUGGAGUGAUCGUGAGACGUCGGGUUGGAAGUUGAGGGAUGAGGAACAUGGGAUAUGA